UAUGUCCUUAACUAUUGUUAUUAAGCUUCGUUGAUGAGGUAACCAACUAUUGUGUCAUCUUAUUGCAGAAUCAUUUUGAGUUGGAUGGUUUAAGAAAAGCGCAUAUUCGGGAUGGUGCAGCUGUUGUCCAAUACCUUGUGUGGCUGGAUGGUGAGAUGCAAAAGGUUUAUGGAGCUGCUGGUUUCUUUACUGAACCAGAGGAAACACACAAAAGAAAGCAUCAGGAAACUGAAAAAUUGACAGAGGUAUCCGUGAGUGACAAAUUGGAGAGUUUUCGUGCUAAGAAAGAGCACUUUAAAGGAUUGAGUUUUCCAACCAUCUCAUCUGUUGGUCCAAAUGCGUCAAUCAUUCAUUAUGAACCAGAGGCUGGAACUUGUGCAGAGCUUGACGCUGAUAGCAUAUAUGUUUUUUGAUUUCGGU